UUCUUUAACGAAACCACCGCCUCAAUUUGCAGCAUUCUAUAAAUCCAAAUUCCUAUAUUGAAAAUCCAUUCUCGGUUCACAAAAAUUAAUGGCUCGUACUAAGCAAACUGCUCGCAAGUCCACCGGAGGCAAGGCUCCAAGGAAGCAACUUGCCACCAAGGCCGCCAGGAAAUCCGCCCCGGCCACCGGCGGAGUAAAGAAGCCUCACAGGUUCCGCCCUGGAACUGUCGCACUUCGUGAGAUCCGUAAGUACCAGAAAUCCACUGAGCUUCUAAUCCGUAAGCUACCUUUCCAGAGGCUGGUCCGUGAAAUCGCCCAGGACUUCAAGACCGAUCUGAGGUUCCAGAGCUCUGCUGUGGCGGCGUUACAGGAAGCAGCCGAGGCCUACCUUGUUGGACUGUUUGAGGAUACCAAUCUCUGUGCCAUUCACGCUAAGAGGGUUACAAUCAUGCCAAAGGACAUCCAGCUUGCUAGGAGGAUUAGGGGUGAAAGGGCUUAAAUUGUGGACCUGUAGUGUUGUUAGUUUAAACCACUGGUUUAUUAGUAUUGUGAAUUUCCUUUCAGUGUUUUUCUUAAUUAUCUAUGAAUUGAAAAUUUUAUGUUUAAUCUC